AUGAAAGUGUGCACGAAAGAGGAGGAAGCAGAUCCAAUCGGUUUCAAUAGGAGAAGAAGACGAAGCAAUAGCUCAACAUUCUUGGAACUAAUCAACCAUUUGGAAAGUGAAGAAUCAUCUAAGAAUUCAUUGAACUCAAGUAUUUCUUGUGAUAACGAGCCAAGUCACUCUGCCAUUUAUUAUUGUGAAGUGUGUCAGUUGAAUUUUUGUAAUGAAUGUUUUACGAUUGCUCAUGCUCCAAGAGUUUUUUCGAAUCAGAGAACCAAGAUCACCGACUCAUCUCAAAAUGAAGAUGAUUAUGAGAAAAGCUUAUCACGUCUUCUUGAGAGAAUCGAAAUAGCUUCCGAAAAACUUGAGGAUCAAAUAGAAACAACUCGAAGUGCAGCUUCAACAUUCCGUUUGGAUGGUCCAUCCCACCAGAAAAUUUCAGUGGUUAUUGCCAAAAAAUUUGAUAGAAAAAUGAAAAAUGUGAUGGGAGAUUUAACGGAAUUUGUUACCUAUGUUGAGCAAUUGAUGAAUGAGAUGAAGGAGAAUGAGGAGGAGAAGCUGAAAGAAAAUUUUUUACAUAAUUUUCUCAGAAUUAUGAUGCGAGACGUGCUAAUUUUGAUAUUAUUGGCGUUUUCAGCGCAAUUCAUAUUCAGAUCAUUAUUAACGCUAGACAUCAACAAACGCGUCUACAAUCACCGCCCGGGUCCAUGUCGUAAAAUCGAAGGAGUCGUCAAUGGCUCAGAAGAUAUUACAGUAGUCCCUGAGAAGAAUUUGGCGUUCAUCACAUCCGGUUUAGUUUUUCUUCAUACCGACGAAACGAAAAUCGAGAAUACCGGAGACAUUUUUAUCUACGAUUUGUCCCAGAAGAGCUAUAAAGCCGAGAAGGUUCCUGUUUUAGGACUGGAAGAUGCCCAAUUUUUGCCACAUGGGAUUUCCCAUUGGGUGCUGAAAAAUGGAACUGAUCGCUUGUUUUUGGUUGUUCAUUCGAAGAAUUUCCAACAUUCCAUUGUGAUUUUGGAUUAUGAUGAGGAGAAGAAACAACUGAAUCAUGUUAGGACAAUUAAAGAUGAGCAAUUUGUGAGACCCAACGAUGUUCUUGCCACUGGAGAAAACUCAUUCCUGGUUGCGAAUGACGGCGGAUCCUCGUCGAAUAUUGAGAAUCUUCUAGAAAUCGCAACCGGAUUCCAUCGAGGAAGUCUUGUGCAUUACGAUGGGCAGAAAAGCAAGCCCCUUCUCACAAACACUGCAACGAAUGGAAUUAUUUUGUCUAAUGACAAAAAGACAUUAUUCGUUUCUUUCAUUUACAAAGAAACCAUUGGAGUCUUCGAUUGGGAUGUAAAAAAUGAGGAAAUUCAAAAAAUUUCGGAAAUUUCGACUCUAACGGCUUGCGACAAUUUUCAUAUAGAUGAAAAGGACAAUUUGUGGUCGGCCUGCCACCCAGUACUUCACGAAGCCUCAAAACACCUGAGCAAUCAUCGGGACCAAAGCCUCCAUUCGCCAACUCAAGUGCUUCGUUUCAAAUUUGCCGCCGACAAAAAGUCGGCUGAAAUUCUAGAAGUUUUCUCCGACGAUGGGCGGUUCACAUCGGCCGGUGCAGUUGCCACGUCAUUCGAUAAUGGGAAACAGAUGUUGAUUGGAACCGUAUUCCGAGAUGUUACACAUUGUGAUAUUGAUGUUAAUUUGGAUUAA